UCAUAUCAAUUGUAAAUAAAUUAUACUGUCUGUUGUUUAGUUUAUUGCAUGGGUUUCGUUUUUUUAUUAUAUUUUGUUAAUUCUUUUAAGUUUUUUAUGUGACAUGUCAUGUAUAAAAGUUUUGGUAUAAUUAUUUAUUUUAUAAGUGCGGCAUAUGCUGUUGUUAACCACUGGACCCUUAAGGAUGAACGCAUCACGCCAAAAAUCGACUCUCCGUUUCACUUACGCGAACCGGAUAACCUCGUAGCAUUUCUUCAACAAGUACAAUACAACGACUAUGUAGAAGCAUCAUACGCGCAACUUCUUAAACAACGUAACCAAAUAACGGAACACAUACGUUUUUCCGUUAAGUAUGGGGAGGAUUUGGUUGAACAAGCAAAAUGCGCCGUAAAUUUCUAUAUAUUGGAAAAGAGUACAUCGUAUCUUCAAAUGACUACAACUUACAUGAAUCGAUUUGAAUUAUCUGAGUUAAAUCAAAAAUUUGAUAUUAAAUCAGGUGAACCAAUUUGUGAGAAUGACAAAAUAGAUGACCAAAAACCUACUGGUUAUGAACAUUUGGAAAGUUUUAAGGGCAAAUCCUUAAAAACAAUGCAUAUUGAACCAGAAGUACAAAUGGAUUUUAGCGUAAUAAGCACUGUUCCUAUAAAAGAUCUUUUACGUAGUAUUGCUAUUGGCGGAAUGUCAAAGAAAGGUGAAGCAUGGAAAUAUUAUACAUUAAGUUCAUAUUAUUGGCGUCUGCAGGGAGAUGCACAGAAGGCUUUUGAGUGUGCUCGUAAAGCUAUUCCGCUAACACCACUUACUCAUAAAGAUAUGCCUCUGUUAAGCCUUGGUACAAUAUUGUUUCGUGCAGGACGUACCACAGAUGCUGAAGUUCUAUUAACAGCAGCUACUACACUGGCGCCUAAUGUAUGUGAAAACCACUUUGUACUUGGUUCUUUUUUGGCAAUGCAGCAUGAAUUUAAGCGUGCUUUAAUUUGUUUUGAUGACGCUGAGCGCGUAGAUCCUAGCAUAAUACCAAAGACCUUGCCUGUGCGGAAUUUUAUAAAUUGUCUAGAUAAUUUAAAUAAAAAAACUUCUAAAAUGCAUAGUUACGUUGAUUACAUGAAAAAUGAGGUAAAAAAGUUUAAAAAACUAAAACAAAAAAUAGCACAGAAUCAUGAAAAACUAGUACAGCAACAGGUACCACUUGCUGUGCGCUAUAGUGAAAGCAACAUUAGCAAUCCCGACUUGCUGCAACGCGGUCAAUAUUGCAGCAAACGCACAGUUUCAGCUACUGACAAGCCUGUGCUCGUAUGCGAUUUUUAUUCUGAUAUACAAAUGCGUUUGGAGUCCAACGAUGUCGACAUCGAAUCACUAGAAAGAGAAUUGAAAAUUACUAGUGAGGCUGUGAUAAAACAAGUAUCAGCUGAAUUAAAAAAAAAACUUAACAGUGAUAAUGUGAAAACUACAAAAGUACAAAUUACAUCCUCUAAAAGAACAAAAUCUCCCUAAAUUGCACUACUAUAUAGGAUUUGUCAUAAACGAAAGAGAAACUAUUGAUUAUAGACGCAUUGCCAGAAGUACGGUUAAAGUCCUGGGCUUCUAUAUAGCAAUUCACUUGCUUACUCAAAUUAAUAUAAGAGGAACUCGACCCAUAGAUCGAGUGGUAAAGUACUGUUUUUAAGUUAUAAGGCUAAGACUUUCGAAGUAACGAUAAUUGACAGUGUGAACCAAUUACCUAAUUUUGUAUCGCAAAAACAAAAACAAACUUCAAAAAUUGAAGUUUAUGUCAGAGGAAGAAAAUAUGGAAGAAACUAUUGGCAAUACACCACUAUCUGUAGAAAUAAGAUAGCAAAUGAAAAAUGAUGAAAAUGCUGGAAUUAUAAAAGCGAGAAAAGCAUUUGGAGCACACAGUAUUGAAGACACAUGUUAUCUAAGUAGGGAGCGAGU